AUGUAUUUGUCGCAAAGAGACCAGAAAACUGUGGUAAUCGAAGGCAGCCACUCUGCAUUCUGCGUCGCCACGUACGAAGCUCCACUGGCAGAAAAAGUCAUACAAACAACGGGCCGUUUCUGUCUGAACGCUGUUCUCCAGGCCUCUCCAUCGGGGCACCUCGACGGCCAAGCUGUUUACCUCAUCUUCGACCUUAGACAAGCUGGAGAUGUGACUGGAGCAUGCGACUUCUGCGCUCUUCACCUGAACUGCUCAACUAGGGAAUAUCGUGUUGAGAGUUACGGAACAGGCGGAAAUCUGCGCGUCCUCCAGACGGUUUCGAAUGUAGCGGCACUUCAGCCGCAUCAUCCCUUCUCUGUCCGGCUCAUGUACCACGCCGAUGCCAUCAGAAUCGAGAUCAAUGACGUUCGAGUGACAAACAAUCUCUAUGUCGGACGGUGGCCGUCUUUGCCACUGGGAAGCGCCUACACUCGUGGCGUUGGCGUCGGAGUGUAUGGAAGAACGCGAGCGCUUGUCUCAAAGUUUUCUAUUUCUUCAGAGUGUCCAGCAUUGAGAGUUCCUGGGUACCAUCUGGGUUGUUCAGUCGAUGAUCUGACCACAAAGCCGCUUAUCUGCGACGAUGAAUCUGUCGAGGCUCCAGUUCCGUACACAGUGAUGGCAGCCCAGGAGAUCCCAGACAGCGACGCUGAGCUUGUGGCGAUGAUUGAACAGGACAUUCUUCGAGAGUCUCUCCACGUCGCGUUCGACGACGUCGCCGGCCUUGCCACUGCGAAGAGGCUCCUGAAGGAAGCCGUGAUCCUCCCUGCUCUUUUUCCCGAGCUAUUCCACGGCGUUCGGCAGCCGUGGAGAGGUUUGCUGCUCUUCGGGCCUCCUGGAACAGGGAAAACACUUCUGGCCAAAGCCGUGGCAUCUGCGACACAGUGGACGUUUUUCACUUGUUCACUGGCGACUUUGACCUCGAAGUGGCGAGGUGAAUCUGAGAAGCUCAUUCGCGUUCUAUUCCAGAUGGCCCGUGCAAGAGGUCCGUCCAUUCUUUUUUUCGACGAAAUCGACGCGUUGUUGACCAAACGAGGGACGGCGUCGGAACACGAAGCCUCGCGGCGCACGAAAAGCGAGUUACUCAUACAAUUGGACGGCCUUGCUGCUGGGGGCAUGCACUCAAAGAAAAAAGAAGGAAAUGGAAAAAACGAAGGCGGACUCUUCUCCAGUCACGUUAUGGUCCUUGCCACGUCAAAUACUCCGUGGGACAUUGACGAAGCAUUUCGGCGCCGUUUAGAAAAACGAAUUUACAUUCCGCUGCCCGACAUGCAUGCACGGGAGGAAGUGCUGAGAAUUCACCUCGAAGGUAUUUCGCUCGCAGAUGACGUUGAUUUUUUGCAGAUCGCGAACCGAACCGAACAAUUUUCUGGAGCAGAUCUGCAGCACCUUUGCCGCGAGGCAUGCAUGAAUCCUCUCCGCCGUGUGUUUGCUGAUCUUCCUUUGGACGAAAUCAAAGCCAAGCGCGAAGCCGGCGCGUUCGGCGAGGAGCAAACGCGGGUUUCCAUGGCGGAUUUCGAGCAAGCCCUCGAAAAGGCAAACCCAGCAACGCACGCCGCAGAAAUCGCAAAAUUUGAGAAAUGGAACGCCGAGUUCGGCAGUCGAUGA